AUGGCCUUUGUCGCCUUGAGUAUGGGCAAGGAAGGUUGGGACGACUAUAGGCGGUACAAGUUGGACAAGGUCGAGAAUAGAAGUGACGCCUGGGUCUUGGACCCUGCCAAGACUGUCAAAGGCAAUGUCAAGACUCGGACUGCGGCUGUGCGAGAUAGGCUCCGGCGGCGACAAGAGAAUGUGGGCGGCGAGAUGGGCAUGGAAGAUCUAGCGGCUGCCGACGACGCGGCUGAAGACUUAGAUUCGUGGUCCAAGGGGAACCCAGACGUCUGGUCUAAAGUUCAAUGGCAACACCUUCGUGUGGGCGACGUAGUCCGACUACGCCGAGACGAGGAUGUUCCUGCCGAUAUAAUCCUUCUGCAUGCAACGGGACCGAAUGGCAUUGCUUACAUUGAGACCAUGGCACUUGAUGGAGAGACGAAUCUGAAGAGCAAGCAAGCUUCUCCGCUUCUCGCUAAACACUGCCAUUCACACGCCAACAUGACAUCGUGCACCGCAGAGAUAGUCUCCGAGGAUCCUAAUCUCGACUUGUACAACUAUGAAGGCAAAGUUAUUCUCAAUGAGGAGACGAUGCCCCUAACGCUAAAUCAGGUAGUCUACAGAGGCUCAACGCUGCGAAACACAGACCAAGCAAUUGGUCUAGUCAUCAACAGCGGAGAGGAGUGCAAAAUUCGCAUGAAUGCGCACAAGAACGUUCACGCCAAAGCUCCUGCUAUGCAGAGUGUCGUCAACAAAAUUGUCAUGAUUCUCGUAGUCUUCGUGAUCAUGCUGAGUCUUGGCUGCACAGUUGGCAACUUGAUCUGGAAGGGAGACGUGGAAAACUCGGCCUGGUAUCUUGACGGCGGAGCUGUCCCUUUCGGACAGGUCAUCGUCGCCUUCAUCAUUGCAUUCAAUACUCUGAUCCCUCUCUCGCUUUAUGUCAGUCUGGAAAUCAUCAAGAUUGGUCAGUUCAUACUCAUGCAGGACGUUGAAAUGUAUGACCCGAAGACAGACACACCUAUGGUUGUGAACACCACGACAAUCUUGGAGAAUUUGGGCCAGGUCAGCUAUGUAUUUUCAGACAAGACCGGGACACUUACGGAAAACCUCAUGCGUUUUCGAAAAAUGAGCGUGGCUGGCACAGCUUGGCUCCAUGACAUGGACGUGAGACGAGACGCCGAAGAUGAGGAAAAGAACGCAAUGAAGCGGAGGCUGGAAGCUAAGAAGUACCUUAAGGGCAAGGAGAAGCAAUUAGGCCACCCGAGCGGUGCGAACACUCCGACUUCCGACCUUAAUAUGCAGCCAGAAACGACUGAUGCUUCUCAAAAAGGUGGUAGGCAGUCUUCCGAGGCACUCCCUCGAAGGUCUUCCUCGCAGUGGAAGUCGACGGCUCGACCUAGUCACGCACAGCCGGAGCUGAAGACUGAUGACCUCAUCCAAUAUAUUCGGCAAAAGCCCAACACCACAUUUUCGCGCAAGGCACGACAGUUCAUCCUCUGUAUCGCUCUUUGUCAUACUUGUUUGCCUGAAACCAAAGAAAACGGCGAUAUCGAGUUUCAGGCAGCGUCUCCAGAUGAGCUAGCGUUGGUAGAAGCAGCACGAGACCUUGGCUUCCUGCUCAUUGAUCGUCCGGCGCAGGCCAUCACCUUGCAAUUUCAAGACAUUGAUGGCUCGCCCAUGUUGGAGACUUAUGAAGUCCUGGAUGUCAUCGAGUUCAGCAGCAAGCGGAAGCGUAUGUCUAUCGUGAUCCGUAUGCCUGACGGUAGAAUCUGCAUCUUCAGUAAAGGCGCGGAUAGCGUCAUCCUCCCGCGCUUGAAACUCAGCCAGCUAGCUAUCAAGAAGGCGUCCGCCGUUGAGCGGAAAGCUAGCAUGCGGAAGAGCAUGGAGCAGGAGAGAGCUUUAAGACGGCUUAGCAUGCAAGGGACCCCACGCAAUAGCAUGAAUCUAGGACGUGCUUCAAGCACUCUGACCCAGAGACGCAGCAUGAUUAGACGAGGGAGUGCGGCACGCUCGACAAGCAUCAAACGCUCUAGUAUGGUUACUGAUGGAAUGGACACUUGGCUGAGGAGUCGUGAAACUGAAGGCCUUGAGACUGAAUCGAUCAACGACGAGGCUUAUCAGUCGCCACGUCCGUCAAUAGCGCGCCAACGCUCCUUUGAGCAGAUUAUGUCUCCAGUAGAAGAUGUCUAUGAUGGCAUGGUUGACGAAUCCUUGGCGAUCAAUGAAGGCGCUGUGUUCGAACAUUGUUUCCAGCAUAUCGACGACUUUGCUUCAGAAGGUCUUCGCACCUUACUGUUCGCUUUCCGCUAUUUGGACGAAGACGAGUACAAGAAGUGGAAGACUAUCUAUCACGAGGCUACCACAAGCCUUUUCGAUCGUCAGGACCGGAUAGAGUCCGCAGCAGAGCUCAUUGAACAGAACUUUGACCUCGCCGGUGUCACUGCAAUCGAGGACAAGCUCCAGCAAGGUGUUCCUGAUACGAUCGACAAGCUACGCCGUGCCAAUAUCAAGGUGUGGAUGCUUACUGGCGAUAAAAGAGAGACGGCGAUCAAUAUUGCUCAUUCCGCGAGGAUUUGCAAGCCUUUCUCAGAGACAUAUAUACUCGACGCCACACAAGGGGACCUGAAUGAGAAGAUUGCAGCGAGCUUGGUCGAUGUAGGGCGGGGCAUGAUUCCCCACUCGGUGGUAGUCAUUGACGGUCACACUCUGAGCGUUGUCGAAGAUGACGAAUCACUCAAGAUCCUCUUCUUUGACCUUGUGUCGCGGGUCGACUCAGUCAUCUGUUGUCGUGCGUCACCAUCCCAGAAGGCGACUCUGGUGAAGUGCAUCCGCACUCAAGUUCCUUCAUCUCUCACGCUAGCCAUAGGAGAUGGUGCCAAUGAUAUUGCCAUGAUACAAGCAUCUCAUGUCGGUAUCGGAAUCUCUGGCCGUGAAGGCUUGCAAGCCGCCCGUAUCUCGGAUUACUCGAUCGCGCAGUUCCGCUUCCUGCAGAAACUGCUCUUUGUACAUGGCCGCUGGAACUAUAUCCGCACUGGCAAAUACAUUCUGGGAACGUUCUGGAAGGAAGUUGUCUUCUAUUUGACACAGGCCAUGUAUCAAAGAUACAAUGGGUACACUGGUACUUCCUUGUACGAAUCGGCGAGUUUGACCGUCUUCAAUACGCUUUUCACUUCGCUGCCUGUCAUUCUUCUCGGUAUCUUCGAGCAGGAUCUUCGCGCCGAAACCUUACUCGCCGUUCCAGAGCUCUACACCUAUGGACAGCGGGGUUUAGCCUUCAACUUCAAGAAGUAUGUUGCGUGGAUGAUCAUGGCUGUCUCUGAGGCUGCCCUUAUUUACUACAUGAUACACUCCUUCUACGAUCGCGCACUCUCUACCGAUGACACGAGCCUCUACGCCAUGGGUGAUCUAUCUUUCACCGUCUGUGUCAUUUUCAUCAACAUCAAGAUGCUUGUGCUCGAGUAUCACAAUAAGACUAUCAUCCCAUUCGUCGGUCUCAUUGUCUCUGUCGGCGGAUGGUUCCUCUGGAAUAUCUUCCUGUCUGCGAUCUACGCACGGGCGCCAGGACCCUACAUUGUUCGCGAUGCAUUCCUACACAACUUUGGCAAGAAACCGACGUGGUGGCUCACGGUGCUCUUAACGCUCCUAGCCGUUCUGGUGUUGGAACUUGUAGUCACCGGUAUCAGACGAGUUUUCUGGCCGCGAGAUCAGGACCUCAUGCAAGAGAUUGAGCAUUGUGCUGGCGUUAUGGACGUGUUGAAGGAGCAUGCCGCCGAACGUGGCGAGGCUAGUGCUGCAGAAGCCGGGCCAAAUGGUGGUGUCACCAUGGUGGCCGAUGAUGCGGCUUCAUUGAAGAGCGCAACUACCCGACUUUCGCGGCGGAGCGGAGUAAUCGAGACGAGGGUGGUCGAGCUCGAAACGCCUUCGAAGAGACGGAGCAGGGUGUCAAUGGAGCUCACGCCGCGGGCUUUCACGCCACCGGCAGAGGAGCGAGAAGACGCCGCCUCUCCCGAAAAUAGAAGAACCAAGCCUAGGGAUCUUGAAGUAUCAACAAAAAGCUGGGUGGGAGAAAUGGCUUCUUCCUCGGAACCUACAUAUGUGCAGAGCCCAAUAGAGAUGCAAAGCACCGAGUUACCACUGAAGAAGUGA